GAAAAAAAAUUAAAUCAUUAUUGCAGCUCAGUUGAUGUUGCAGUUAUCUACUUGAAGUAUUACAUAUGUUACUCAGGUGUGUAAUCUAAUUAAAAGUUAUAAUGUUACAGUCACUUACUUCUCGAUUAUGAAUUUUUAUGGGUUACAUGCAUUUUGAAUCUGCAAACUUUACAACUGUCAGAUGUUUUAAUGUCUGUGAAUGAAGACACUAGAAGAAACUGUAUUUAUACUUUGUUGCAAUGGAUCCAAAACAAUUAUGACUGCAAUUUACUAUCAUGUCCAGCAUCACAGUUUUUCCUCUGGCUAAAGACUUUUCAAACAAAAUUAGACCUAUAUCAAUGAUGUCUGCAAGAAGUAUAUAUACUAGUCGUUAGCCCGCAAAUCCACAGAUGAAAUCAUUUUGUUUUGCAGUUUUAAAUGGUGAAUAUUUUAAUGGAGAGUACAUCAAGUUUUAAAAACACCAAUGAUGUCCCAGUAACUCUUCACGACUUGAGUCCAAAAUGUAUGUUGCCAACGGUCAAAGUAAAAGAUAUCAAUUCACCCCAACGUAAUGCUUCGCCUAAGAAAAAUAAAGAGGCAUCAUCAGCUCGGCGCCAUUGUUUUGCACCAUAUAGUCCAUUUAAAUCCUACACACAGCCGUUAAAACAAUUGCACAACACGCCAGUGACUGAUGUGACGGAUUUAACUGUUUUGACGUCAGGAAAUAGUUGUGACUCUACUGUUGUUAGUUGUAAUGGUGAAAGUGGUGAAGUUUUAUGUUCAGUUGAGAGCAAAGAGAAUGUUUUGACGGACGAAGUCCAUUUUGAAGUGGAGCGAACGCCAUGUAAGAAAAAAAGUUAUUUCACCUGUCGAAUGUCGAUUUCAACAAAAACAGUUAUAAAUAAUCAAGCUGACUCGGACGAUGAUAUUAAAGUUAUUGAACCACCAAACAGUGAGAUUAUUAAUAAACGUAUUGAAAACGCUGAAAAAAGCGACACUGAUAUUUCAACUAAUGACGUCGAAGAAGUGUCAACAGUUUGUUAUUCUUCAUCAAGCCAUGAUGUUUGUGUUGAUGUUGGUGUUGAACAACCUGCAGCUAUAGCUAAUAAAAUAAAAAACAUUAAAUCCGAAUUGGUAGACACUUGUGAUUUUGUCUCAGGUGUCACAAAUAAUUCACUUUCGAAUGAUAACCCAACUGACUUAACGGAAGUAUCAACUGAAAAAAGAGACAUUAAAUUUUUACUCGAUCAACCAGACAUAGAUCAACGUCAUGAACCUGAUCUUGGCAAAACAACUGAAAUAGAGAUUUCACAAUCAUGCGCAAAAACUUUUGCAGAUAGAGAUUUACCGUUUAUUAGUACAGAACAAAUCCCCUCGCAACAAAACGAGUGCUGUGAUGAAAGCAAGAAAUGUAAUAUUUUGAAACAAACGAGUUUUUCUGUUUCUAAUGCGGUAGAAGGCAAUUCAAAUGCAACAGAAAGAAACUUAAAUACAGUAGAGACAAAUUCAAAUGCAACAGAGAACAAAUCACGCGAAACGGGGCGCAAAAAGCACCACGAAAUUAAAAAGACAUUCUUCACACGCCGCCGAUGCAAUAUAGAAGAAAAAUCUGUUUUAAUCAUGGAACGCUACAAUGUUCCUCCUGUGUCUGUAGUUGUUGUGGAUAUUCAGUUACUUGGUAAUUUUAAACACCAAAAGUUGUUGCAGAAAGCCAACGCGAAAUUUCUCCACGACAAAAGCAAGUCAUUGCAAGACGUUAAAUCCAUUCGUGAUUUAAAAUUAAGCAACUAUAAACCCAACAAUAGGAUUGUGAAUGUUACUACAGACGCUAGUGCUGACAGCGUACGGGAGACCUUCGAGCAAAAAGUGGCGAGAAAACUAGCUGAGAAGCGCAGGCUGUUGGGGGAACCUGCACUCAUUUUAAAUACAGAAAAACCUGUAACAUCGCCUAAAGGAACAGAAAGCGAUAAGAAAAUAAAAGUGAUAUCACAUAGCGAAAACGAGAUUCAAACAUUGACGAAACCUAGGAACGUUGCAAUCGAGCCUGUUGUUCAAAAACAAAACGAGGUAGUAACAGAGAAAUCCCACCCUAUUCUCUUCACUACUAAUAGACAAUUUCAAAAUCCAAAUACUCCAAUGAUUUAUGUGGAAGAGCCUCUAAACGAAGCACUUCAAUUAUCAAAUCAUAAAGUCAAAAUGAUUGUUCAAACUCGACCCAGGUUACCUGAUAAGAUGGGCUCUGCGAAAAGAAAGAAAUUAUCACCGCAAAAGUCGUUGUCUCCAAACAAGAAAACAAAAAUGAGCCUCAAGUUUAAUGAACUUACUGAUCCAAUCAUUCAAAAGGCUGGUGUGGAGCUUGAUGAAUGCGAAGCUAUACGCACUGUGCCCUUGCACCCGCGAAUACGUAUGAAACUGCAAUCACAUUGUAAUUGCGUAGGAGAAAAUUGCUCACAUUUAGGUAGAGCCAACCUUAGUCCAGUAAAUUCAGAAUUUGUAUCAAAAUCACCUAACGACACUUCUCCCACUGCUCCAAAAUCUUUUACGGACCCUGUGACGAAACCUAGCUUGUUUAUGUCAACUCCGUUAACUACAAGUGACGCGUUAACUACAAGUGACGUAUCAACGAGUAAUUGUGCUUGUAAUAUUAUCAGCUGCCCACAUGUGAUCAAUCCGAGUCCCGGGCGUCGUUCUGCUGUAGUCUUUAAGAGUCUUACCCCAAAACAUAAAGUUAAAACGCCGACUAAGUUUCGUCCAACCUUACUGCAACGAUUUUCACCGAAGUCGCCUCGUUCAGCUCUUAGCAGGAUUAUCAGCGAUGUCCACGAUGAUCUCAAACCGGAAAUUGAAAAAGUAAAAACGAAGUUAAUGGAUUGUGUCGACGUGGUAAGUGAUGCAAUGUCGGAAUCGCAAUCAUCAAGUUGUGAAGAGAUUAUUUACCCAAAUAUUGUUCAUAUAUCGUCAGACGAUGGACCAAUUCUAGAGGAAGACGACAUUAAGAAAGAAGAUAAGCUCUUCAUUCCCUCGCCGAUUAAAACAGAAUCAAUAGAAACGGACUCAACAGUCAUAGACUUCCUAAUUGGUGACGAUGAAAAUAAUGAUUUCUAUUCAAGUUCUGAUUUUGUGCGCCGAAGGAGGCGAAAAACAUCUUCCAAGAAACGAGUAGAAUCGUUUAUUGUUAAACCCAUGGUUGCAGCGCCAACCUUAGAGAACUCGGCUAACACUACACCUACCAAUGCUGUUCAUAACAACAAAAGAAGUAGGCCUCUUAAAACUGUAUCGAAACGACAAAUGAUAAAACUAACGAAGCAUUUUAAUUUGCGAGAGUUUGAGGUACGUGCCGAGAAACUAUCUGAAGUCACUGUGAGUAGACUGAUCGACCUGUGUACUACCCUUGAAACAUGGAACAAGAAAGAACUACUGCUAGCAGCUGGACUCACUGAGUAUGACAUUAAACGACUUGGGUUGGCGACUAUGAGAAGAGACGAGAAAAACGCGAAGUACGGUUUUCGAAAAUUUCUCAAACGAAGAGACGUAUUUCAAUUGGUGUCGGAAAAACCGAAAAAUUCCAAGAAAAAACACCAGCUUGACUUUUUAAAAUCCGAAAAUCGAAAAUUAAAAGAAAUGGCUUUGAUAAAAGAACGAGAGGAACGAAAAAUGCGAGAUUUAGAAUCGAUCAGACGGUCUCUAUUAAAAAUAAAUGCGAAAUUUCUAAAUCAGUCAAAGUUUUGGAAUUACAUUAACCAGGGAACCGUUGCCAAACCAAUUGAAAUAUAGGGAGAUGUCUUGUACUGAUGUAUCAUAGAUUGGAUUCUUGUUUUGUUUAUAGAUGUGUUUUAAAAUCUCUAUUUGUUAUUCUUUCAUACGUUUUAUUUGUAUUAUUAUUGAAUUCUGAUCUUCUCAAGGUGACUUAGACCUGAGAGUUGGUAAUAUAAAAGUCUUAAUAUUUUAUCAGUCUAAAAAAAUUUCAACUUAUUUUAAAUUAUUGAUUUUGAAGUUUUUGCAAGGCUGUUUUGCAAAGUUGAAACUCUCGUUGGGUGGUUAGAUUUUGUGAUGAGUUUAAAACAACAGUGCGACAGAUAAACAUUUUUUGUUGGCACUUAAUUUAAAGGUAUUGUUUGAAUGCCUCUGCACAUUUAAGCAUGGCUUUAUGGACACACCUUACGAACCUCGAAUAACACAUUUAAAAUUUUACCUUCUUAAAGAGAUGUGUUGUUUCUUAAAUAUUGUUAUUAUUAUUAAAGGGCGGAAAUUUGAAAGAUGUCAAAGGUUUAUUUUUUAAGGGUUUUAUAUAGGAAAAAUAGGACGUUUAUGAGAAGGCAUGAUGUUUCCACACGCGAUCUUGUUUUAGUCUAAAAAUCCAAAGCCUAAUGUUCACUAAGUUAUUUUCUCAAAUCUGUUCAGUUCUGACAUUUUAUAAUUUUCCAAAUUUUAUUAGUUCUUUGUUAUUAAACACUAAGUUAUUAUCGACUUUAUUUCCCCGACCUUUUGGUUCUUUUUAUAUUGAAUGCGAGACGAAUUCGUUGUCCGGUAUAAAAAAGAAAAACUGGCCUGGGAACGAGUUUCGGUUAUCCUAUUGGUUCUUAUUCAUUUAAGAUUGAGCAUUAAUUGGCUGUUCGUUUAUGUUUUUUAAAUUCACAAAAUCAUUUACGAAUGGAGAAAAAAGUUGGGUUUGGGCAAAAAAGAGGAUACAAAAAAUAUAAUAUUUGCUUCUGCCACAAACAAAGGAUGUUGUGAACCCUGUUUAUAUAUAUUUCUAAAAAUUUUAAAACAUCAUUAUCAUUUUCUUUCAAUCACUUUAUUACUUCUUCCCAUUCUCACAAAGGGAUGAUCGAGUCAAACUUGUUUUCUAAGUAGUAGCAAGGCUUUUUUCUAUCAGUAACCCAUCACGUGUCUCUCUCUCUUUACACAGCCAAAAUUAACGCUGAAAAUAUCUCAUUUGCUUUUCGAUGUGGCACAAGAUCGUGUGUAUAUUAUUCGCGCCUUUUUUGGAUUUUAUAUCGGUAGAAAGUUUCCUAUGUAUGUUUUAGGAUGUUUAUUUUUACUCUCUAAAAAAAACGAUCAUAUCUGUCGGCUUAACGUAACUUUGUCUAUAAUGUUUUCCAAAGCAUAUUAAAUGUUUGAACCUAAAAAAUGACAAUGCUGGAGACUUUUUUCGAUUUUUGGUCGAAAAAUGAGGGACAGUAGUGAACUUAAUACGGCUUUUAGUAGAAACUAUAUUCUUAGGCAUCUCCAACAGAAGGAAAUGUAAAUUUUAGUUGGUGUUUAUGAAGUAGAAAUAUAAUAUUUAUAACAUGAAAUAAUUUUUUUAAUGUAUUUUGUUGGACUGUGAGCUUUGUAUCUCACGAAUUAUCUGUUUGUUGUAUAUCUUAUGAUAACCUCCCGCUAAAAAAUAAGUUGAGCUCAUAUGAAAGAUCUUU